AUGGGCCCCUUCGACCCGCCCUCCCUGGCUACUCAGUUCCUCGCCUCCCCGCUGCUCUUCAUCCUCCGCCCCGUCUACGGCAUCCUGUCCUCAGUCCGCCCCGACCCCUAUACCCGCUCCCCUUCCCAGCAGCCCGUCCGCGUUGUGUGCAUCUCCGACACCCACACCCUCCAGCUGUCCAGCGUCCCCGAUGGCGACCUGCUCAUCCACUCCGGUGACCUCACCAACGCCGGAUCGCUUGACGAGAUCCAGAAGGCCGUUGACUGGCUCAGGACCCUGCCCCAUACACACAAGGUCGUCAUCGCCGGGAACCACGACAGCUGGUUUGAUCCGGACGCCAGGUCGCUCGUCCCGCCCUGCCCCGUCCGCGAGGCCGUGGACUGGGGGGACAUCCACUACCUCGAGAACACCUCUGUCGUCCUGUCCUUUGGCUCGCGCACCCUUAAGGUCCACGGUGUGCCCCAGAUCCCCCAGCUGGACCCGGCCGUCCCGUCCGUCCACGCCUUUCAGUAUUCGCCGUGGUCCAGGUCCGACCCGUGGCCCAGCCCUAUCCCGCUCGACACCGACAUCUUGAUCUCCCACAGCCCUCCCCGCCAUCAUGGCGACGUGUUCCCCCACUCCGUCGGCUGCCGUUUCCUGCUCGAGGCCGCCUGGCGUGUCCGCCCCGCGCUGUAUGUGUUUGGACACGCCCAUGCCGGCCGCCGCGUGGAGAGGGUCUACUACGACGACUCCCAGCGCGCGUUGGAGGCCAUGGCUGAGCGUCGCUGCGAGUCUGGCUUGCUGUGGGAUCGCGGUUUUAGAUCGUGCGUCUGGUGGUUCUUCCACGGAGGGCUGUGGCGAGACAUGGUCAGUGUGUUCUGGGCCUGGAAGGAUGCCCUCGUCGUUCUCUGGAGCGCCGGGAGAUCGAUCCUCUGGACCCGGAUCUGGUGCGGACAACGUUCGCUGGGUAGGGAGGGCUGGAUGGUCAACGCUGCAUGCAUGGACGGUCGAGGGAGUGGAUUGCUCACGGGCCCCGCGACCGUGAUCGAUCUCUGA